UUUCACUUCCUGGAAGCGAGGUCACGUCAAAUAAACAGUUCUCUUUAAUCAUUGGAUUCUGCUUGUAGGCGGUGUUCACAUCAAAGACUCCCUGAAAUUAGAGACUGACCAUCUGGCUGUAAGAUAUUCUGUUCCUCCAGUUAGUCCACUUAGAAGCUUUCCUGCCCGGUUCCAUCAUGUGUGAUCUUAGACAAGACAGCAAUUUGGAGACAGACCAUUCGGAUGAUUUUUCCCUGAUGCACAGUCGACUGGACUCGUUCCGUGGCUCCAGCCUUGCCCAGCAGGUGUCAGCAGAAAGACUGGCCCGGGCCGGCUUCUACUUCACUGGCCAUGCUGAUCGUGUGCGCUGUUUCAGCUGCCAGAAGACUGUGGAAAACUGGCACAGGGGAGACACACCUGUAGAGAGGCAUAAGGAGGUUUCCCCAUCAUGCAAAUUUCUUAGAUGCACCCACCGCACCAGUUUUAACCCGAUUUCUGAUACUCCACUGACUGACGGUUCCACCUAUAAUGAAGAAGCAGAGGACAUGGAAUAUCGUUUGAGAACGGGAGAGGUAGUUGAUGAAUCCACCUACCCAAUGGCCCCUCACAUGAGGAGUGAGGAGGCCCGGCUUCAGACCUUCUCUUCUUGGCCCUGUAAUGCUCCCGUGAGACCCCGAGAUCUGUCCCAAGCUGGCCUCUACUACUUAGGGGAGAGCGACCGAGUGCAGUGUUUCUGCUGUGGUGGCAUGCUGGGUGGCUGGGAAGCAGGUGACACUGCCUGGGGAGAGCACACCAAACACUUUCCCUACUGCUUCUUCAUCCUUGGACACGAUGUGGGCAACAUCCCAUUCCAGGGGGGUACAGAGGAGGAGGAGCGUGGCAGCAGACAACAUGCAAGCACUCAUGUCCCUAUGGAGAGCUUUGAGGAGAGGCUCAGUAGCUUUGCAGGUGGCCAGCACAUAAUAGACCCAGAGAGGCUUGCCAGAGCUGGCUUCUACAGCACAGGGACAGCAGACAGGGUGCUGUGUUUCUGCUGUGGUGGAGGUUUGAAAGGCUGGCAGCCUGAGGAAGACCCUUGGGAAGAACAUGCCAAACACUACCCUGGAUGCAGCUUCCUGUUGGCAGAAAAAGGACAAGAAUUUGUCAACAGCAUCCAGCUACAAGACCCACGACGAAAUAGAGCUACCUCAAGUCAUCAGAAUGGAUUUUCAGGAGACAGGAAUGAGGUGCUGCGCUCUGCCAUGGCUCAGAAGGCCAUAGAGAUGGGUCUGGAGCCCGGUGUGGUGGAAAGGACCACCUUAGAGAAAAUCAGUAGAACAGGCUCGGGCUACUCCAGCCUGGAGGCACUUAUGGAGGACUGUCUUAACAACACACCGGAGAGUGAUGCUCCCGAGACACAGGAGCAAGAUGAGGACCCACUGGAGAAACUACGGAAGCUGCAGAGGGAGAAACAAUGCAAAAUAUGUAUGGACAGAGAUAUUUGUAUUGUUUUCAUCCCAUGUGGUCAUCUGGUCACUUGUAAGGAGUGUUCAGUGUCGCUCAUCAAGUGUCCAAUCUGCUGUGGCGCCAUAACACAGAAGAUCAAGACCUACGUUUCUUAAGGGAAUCACAGACUCUUGCCAAUCGUCAAUGCUGCUCUUUCGCUAUCUUAAUAAUAUUGUGUUUAAUAAUAAAUGUAGAUAAUCUGUAAUAUAUAUAAAAGGACCGUGUUGUUUGUAAGCACAUGAGAAUGAAAGAAUGAGUAAAUGUCACAAGAAAACAAUAUUUUCACAAUCACUGCAUUGGUAAAUAGCUGUUGAUACUGAGAUGAGAUGAUAUUAGAAAUAGCUGGUGUUGAUUUUUUUGGCUAUUAAUGAAUACAGAAACCUGUAAAUACACAGUAAAGGACAAUUCCCAUUCUGCAACACUCUCUCUUGCCAGAGGUGCCUUUCUCUAUGUUUGAGUCCUCUUGUCUCGCUUUGUUUUGGCCAUUUACCACAGUUUGGGACACGGGAUGUAAUAUCAGUCAGUUUCAUACACUUAAUGUGUCCCUCACAUCUCUUUUGUCCUGUACUUAAUGCUUUAGACUCAAUUUUCUCAAUGUUUGCUGCUCUGUAUGGAAGUUUAGAAAGGUAGUUCAGUGAAUCCAUUAAGAAUUGCUUUAUAACUGACAAAAUUGACUCUAGAGCCUGCAAUUAAUCAGUGUGGUGUGAAAUUCUUUUUCCAUUCCAUCAUGCAACCUGAUGUGUCUUCAAGAGUGAAUAAAUUUUAAGAAUUGGA